AAAAUUCAUGUUUUUUAAUUUUUUUUCCAUAGAAACACCGAGUCCCCAAGAAUGUGCAGCAAGCUCGAGGCCCCAAGAACGUAUAGGAGACCAAAUGAUGCUGGGCAAGUGUGAGCCCCCAAAAAUGUGGAGAAGGCACGGUCCUUCAAGAUUGCGGGCAAGCACGCCCCCUCAAGAACGCAAGGCAGGUGCAGGUAUGAUGGGCAAGGUAGAUGAUGGGGCAUUGGAAGCUGGGACACAGGUUGAAGAAGAUGUGCCAAAUGUGGUUCCACUGUCUCUUGCUGAGGAAAAAGCUCUGGAUCUUGAGGCUGCCAAUAAAUAUGAGUAUAGAGCUAGGAAGAAGGACCUUCAUAUGGUGUUCAUUGAUCUCGAGAAGGCGUACGAUAGGGUGCCAAGGGAGGUCUUAUGGAGGUGCCUUGAGACGAGAGGAGUCCCCAUCGCGUAUACUCGCGCGAUCAAGGAUAUGUACGAUGGGGCUAUGACUAGGGUGUGCAAGAAGGGGUCCCAUGGGGUCCCAUGGUGCAUGCUUUUCGCGGAUGAUAUUGUGCUUAUCGACGAUACACGUGUGCAAGAAGGGGUCCCAUGGUGCAUGCUUUUCGCGGAUGAUAUUGUGCUUAUCGACGAUACACGUGAGGGACUAAACGAGAAGUUGGAACAAUGGCGCCUUGCCCUUGAGACUAAAGGGUUCAGAAUAAGUAGGAACAAGACUGAAUACAUGGAGUGUCGUUUCAGCGGCAGAGAAACAGAAUCAGAGGUGGAAGUUAGGAUUGACUCUCACCUAGUACCUAAGGUAGACAGGUUUCGAUAUCUUGGAUCGGUAAUCCAGGCUGAUGGGGAGUUAGACGGGGAUGUUGGACAUCGUGUUGGAGUAGCUUGGGCCAAAUGGCGGUUGGCUUCAGGGGUAUUGUGUGACCCGAAGAUUUCGCCCAGGAUGAAAGGCAAGUUCUACCGAUCCGUAGUCAGACCUGCUAUGUUAUAUGGGGCAGAGUGUUGGGCGGUUAAGAAGACUCAUGUGCGUCGUCUGCAUGCGGCAGAGAUGCGGAUGUUACGAUGGAUGUGUGGGAAGACAAGGUUGGAUAGGAUUUCGAACGAAGUUAUUCGACGUCAGGUAGGCAUGGCGCCGGUGGAAGAUAAAUUGCAGGAAGCGAGGUUGAGAUGGUUUGGUCAUGUGAGACGGCGGGAUGCUGACGCCCCUGUACGGAGAUGCGAGCGGAUUACGGUUUUCGGGGGAAGUAGGGGAAGGGGUAGACCUAAGAAGAAUUGGAAGGAAGUGAUUAGACAGGAUUUAGGACUUCUCACCCUGACUGAGGAUAUGGCUUUAGAUAGGAAUCUUUGGAGAACUAGGAUUAGAGUAGCUGGUUAGGAACUCGGUGCUAUAGAGGUUUUUUGUAGUGUGUUGUGUUUGAUUGGAAUCUUCUAUUAAUGCUUGUAGAACUUUCUUUUCAUUGUACUUGGUGUUUUAUCCAUGCUAUACUGUAUACCCUAUCAUUU